AUGGGUAACGACGUAAGAUCCAUACAACCAGCUGCAUUAGGGCUACGGGUUGCACACUUGCAGACCCCAGCAAACCGGUAUGAUGGCCAUGAUAGGUUAGCUACCCGACAUACUGAAGAAAAUAUAGCUCCCGUUACUGGAAAGAGAAACCAGGGAUUUCAAGCUGAUCUCUCUCGGAGCCGUCAGGAAGUACAGCUUGUAGGAGAGGAAGGUGGAGCAAGCAGCACGCCCCUCCGAGAUAAUCCUGCAAGGCCACGCACCGAACUGAACCACGAUACAGUGACACACAGUACUACAGCACAAAACUACCAAGUUUGGUUACUCAUCACACUCCUUCAACAAGACCAAGAACCUGAAGUCCAAUACUUCGAAGACGCCCUAACAACAAUCAACAAAAACCACGAAACAACUUACCACAGAAUCAAAUUAGAAGACACAAACGAAGAAGACCUCCAACUAAUCUGCGAUGGUUUAUCAAACGGCUUCGGCCUUAUUCUAGAUUUCACUUGGUCCGGUAAUGAAGUCAUGCAAGAACUAGCCGACAAUAGAAGCUAUCCCUAUCUACACAUAGAUGUUUCAGUAGCUCCUUUUUUAAUGUUACUGGAUUCGUAUUUGGAUAAACGCAAUUCAAGCGAUAUUCUAGCAAUCUUUGACGAUGAUGAUUACAUUGAUCAGUCUUUGUAUUAUUGGCUGGAUUCCAAUAGGCUUAAAAUGGUUAUGACCGGGCCGAUUGAUUAUAAAACUGCUUCGAAAAUUAAAAACAUUCGUCCUAUACCUAGUAGUUUUGCUAUAAUGGCUACCACAAUUAAUAUGGAAAAAUUAACCAAACAAGCUUUAGAUCAUGAGCUUUUACAUCUCUCAGAUCGCUGGAAUUUGAUUUUUACUGAUCUUCAACACAUGGAAUUUGAUAGGAAUUUAAUAGCAAAUACUACAGUGAGUUUGAUUUAUUUAGAAGAGGAAUUAUGUCUUGAUUUGGUUCAAAAGGAACAAUGUCCUGUGAAUUUUUCCCUGCAAAAUCAAUUUUUGUUUUGGCUAGCUAUGGGUAUUAAUAAACUAAUCAAACUACUAUUGGAUGAAAAUGUUGAAUUCCCCACAAGUGACUUUGAUUGUCUCAAAAGCGAAUUCCCAGAUUAUACCAAGCAAAGAUUUGAUGAAAUAUUAGAUGUGAUGAUGUCUGAGAAUUCGAAACUUUUAACACUAAAUGAUAAAAGUGUUAUGGUGAGGACGAGAGGCAAAAUUGAGAAAAUGUUCAACGGAACUUUACAGGUGAUUGCUCAAUAUAGGAACGGGCGUUUGGAGCUUGAGAAUGCGAAAAAGUUCGAGCCUGUUAAGCCGUUUUACAGGAUUGGAAUGACUCAGGCAAUGCCAUGGUCAUACAAAGAAAAAAACCCAGAAACAGGCGAAUCAUACUGGACAGGUUACUGUGCGGAUUUCGCCCAGAAACUCUCAGAAGUAAUGGAUUUCGAUUUCGUAUUCGUCGAACCAGAAUCGGGUACUUUCGGUGAAAAAAUCAACGGAUCAUGGAACGGAGUUGUGGGAGAUUUGGCUAGAGGAGAUACCGAUUUGGCCAUAACGGCUAUAGUAAUGACGGCCGAUAAAGAAGAAGUUAUCGAUUUUGUUGCUCCUUAUUACGAGCAAACUGGUAUUACUAUUGUAAUGCGGAAGCCUGUUAGGAAGACUUCACUGUUUAAGUUUAUGACUGUUUUGAAGUUGGAAGUUUGGCUUAGCAUUGUCGCCGCUUUGAUUGUUACUGGAUUCAUGAUUUGGUUUUUGGAUAAGUAUUCGCCUUACAGUGCUAGAAAUAAUAAGAAGGCUUAUCCGUACCCGUGCAGAGAAUUUACUUUGAAAGAAAGUUUCUGGUUCGCUUUGACCUCGUUUACACCUCAAGGAGGAGGCGAAGCCCCUAAAGCCCUAUCAGGCCGCACUUUAGUGGCAGCCUAUUGGCUGUUUGUAGUUUUAAUGCUAGCUACCUUUACAGCUAAUUUAGCUGCUUUUUUAACUGUUGAACGGAUGCAGGCUCCAGUUCAAUCUUUAGAACAACUAGCCAGACAAUCUCGUAUAAACUACACCGUAGUUCAAAGCUCAGACACUCACCAAUACUUCAUCAACAUGAAAUUUGCCGAAGACACUCUUUACAGAAUGUGGAAAGAAUUAACUCUAAACGCCUCAACUGACGACACCAGAUACCGAGUUUGGGAUUAUCCAAUCAGAGAACAAUAUGGCCAUAUUUUAUUGGCAAUCAACGAUUCGAAUCCUGUUGCAAACGCUUCAGAAGGCUUUCGCCUUACUAACGAACAUUUAGAUGCUGAUUUUGCUUUUAUACAUGACUCAAGCGAAAUCAAGUACGAAAUCAGCAAAAACUGCAACCUUACUGAAGUUGGAGAGGUGUUUGCUGAAAAACCUUAUGCAGUAGCUGUGCAACAAGGCAGCCACUUGCAGGACGAUUUAAGUAAAGUUAUAUUAGACUUACAAAAAGAUAGAUUUUUUGAGGCAUUACAGGCCAAGUAUUGGAAUCAUUCAGUCAAAGGCGAUUGUCCUAGUACUGACGACAACGAAGGCAUAACUUUGGAAAGUUUAGGUGGAGUUUUCAUUGCGACGCUUUUCGGUUUGGCUCUGGCCAUGAUUACUUUAGCUGGGGAGGUUUUGUAUUAUAGGCGCAAAGCGCUCAAGGAAUCGAAAAUUCAAAAGUUUGAUAGGCCGCAAUUUAAGAAAACUGUUACUAUUGGGAGUAGUUUUAAGCCGGUGAAGUACAACGAAAAUUUGACUAAGGAAAUGGAAAAUGUAGCUCAUAUAUCUUUGUAUCCUAGGGCUAGGAAUAGGUUAGCACGUAUUGAGUGA